AUGUCCAGCACAGGUGCAGCGACUGCUGGCGGCAGCGGCGGUGUUGGGACGCUGUCUACCUCUCUGCUGGCCGCAGCAUGUACCGCCGUCGUCGCCGCAACUAUUUUUGUCUUGGUCGCACUUAGACGCUAUCUGAAGGGAAAGAAACGAAAGUCGAUUAUGAUCGCCACUUCUCCAGCACCAGCAUCAGCAGCUGCUAUCUACGCAUCACACAUCAAGGCAAAGUCAAUAUCCACCGAAGACGUAGGAGAGCCACAUCUUAGCUACGCGCCCCAACGCGCACUCAACGCCCAGCACGAUCUCACCAAGAUGUCUCUGGCACAAAAGACGGUCAUCUCGAUGCGUCAAAAAAGCUUCUUCCCAUCAAGACCUUUUGCCGCGCCAAAGUUUCCAAAGGCAGCACUGCUUUCGCCACGAAUGCAGCCUCCCCUGUCGGCUGAUCUCCCUUCUCCAUGUACACCAAAAUCGCCAGGCCUUACGGAGCUCACCAUGUCCCCUGGUCCCAGCAUUCUCCUGAAGCCGGUAGUUUACGGCAAAUCGCCAAGACUCGUAUCGCCAUCGUCAUUCAAGAGUAGUGCUAAAGAGAAGAAGGAAGAGUCCCCGGAACAGAAGAAGAAAAACGCUCGCAGUGCCGUGCCUUCCUUACUCCUCCGCAGCCUGGGAGUUCUUCCGGACUUUUCAGCCAGCUCAUCACAGCCCUCGAUGAAGCAGGAAGAGAAGGAAGUGCUCGCUGAUGACAAGAAGCAGACUGUAGAGCCCUCAAACGAUGCCGAUGAACCGUCAUUGACACCUAUCCUCGAUCUCGGAAUUGACUUUGGGAACGACGAGUCUUUUGAACACUCGCUCAAACUUCGUGGCGAUUUCUCCUUCGACCAGAGCAACAGUGCUUGGCUCCCAGCUUCAUCUUCAGCAGAAUCCAGGAAGCAGAAGCAAGCACAGAUGAGCAAGAAAAGCGUUGGUAUGCAGAGCCUUAUCGAGGCUCUUUCCCCUGCUCAGCCCGAGGCAGCGACGCUGCCAGGCUUCAAGACAAGCCCACCAGCUAAGUUGAGCGCGUUGCCCUCACCUGCGUCCUUCCGCUCGCCUCUACCAACACCACUACCUUCAGCUGGUCUGCCACCAGCACCAACAGGCGCACCCGUGCCGAAUAUGCCCUCGAGCAGCUCUCUGCAGAGCAAAGCUAGCCGACAGACAGCAGCGAGCGGUCCCUCGGCACCCGAUUCGUUCCACAGCGCAACUGGCUCUAUUGGUCAGAUCUGCAUCAACAUGCCACCCAUUGACAUGGCUCCCUCUCCCCGCUUAGGCGCUUAUGAGGAGCAAGAGGUCCUGGCAUCGACGUCGUCCUUCCGUCCUCUGAGUCUCGGUCUCGGUCCAGCCAAAAGCCCAUCGCAAGGCACGCUCAGCAACAUCCUUGGCAAUCUCCGCAGACCGUCUCGAAGUGAGGACCUUGAUCUUGAAGCUGCCAAUUCUUCCAUCGGCGAGUCGUCAACCCUCCGAUCGUACUCGAGUGACAACAUGUCGUACAGCUCGUCGCAGACUAGCGUUGACAUCGAAGCCAACACAAGCAUUGGCAAGGUCAACAUCGUGCCAGCUGCUUCCAUCCCUCCCUUGCCACCCAUGCCUGUUUCGCUGGCCAAGCUGGCAGAGGAUAGGACUCCCCUGGCUCAGGCCAUAACCGUCUUUGUUGAAGACAACAAAUCCUUGGACAGCGAUAAAGUGAUGGCUCCUCCCAAGCAGCGCAAGCGCGCUUCGACACUCGGCGCACUCGACCGUCCCAAAUUGGUCAUGCCAGAUCUGAUGCAACCGCGUGCUGCCCCUAUGCCACCCUCGGCCGUCAUGGCUGCCAGGAUGGGGGGGCUUACUAUUCACGUCGAGUCGAUCGAGGUCAACCGUGCCAGCCUCAUGAACCUGAAAGCUAAGUCGAGCGACCACUUGCCUCUCAAGGACAUCAGAAAGGGCGCUCCCAUGAACUUCAUGAGCUCCUACCACCGCACCCUUAUCCCUGAUCUGCCCACCGACAGCAUGCACCUGUCUCCCGGUCUUGGAGCCGACAGUCCCAUCCUCGCUCAGUUGAGCCCGAAACAGCGUGGCACCUCGCCUUCUCUCAGUCCCAAGCCCAGCUUUGCGGAGAACCUCAAAACGAGGCUCAGUCUAUCGCGUAAGUCGGUCACCAGCUCGCCCGGCUUCAACUCGCGCAGCAGCACACCUCGCCUCAGCACCAUCAACCAGUUCCCUCAGCCCAACGGCGAAGGCUUUGAAACGUUCGCAGUCGAAGCCAACGAGGCUUGCGCCACCGAGUCGACGCCAAAGAUGAAGCCAAGCAAGCCGGCUAAGGCUGCUUCGCGACCUGCCACGAGUCCCGUCGUUGGGUCAAACGGCCUGGGCUUCAGCAGUCCUGCCAUUCUAUUCAAUGGUCAAGAGAUGGAGCCCACAAAGCCGCUGCGUCUCCGCAAACCAGGUUCGGUGGGUGGUCGCCUGGGAGGGUCACCAAGCUCAAUUCUGUCUCCGACAUCGGCAUCGGCAUCGCCAAUGCUGCACGCCGAUCACUGGGGCACUCCUCGUGCCGCUGACAAAAAGACUCUGACAGACGCGAGCCCUUCUUCGAUCUAUUCGCCACUCGUGGCUGGAGCCGAAGGUACUCACAGCCCUUCAGGCGAGCGCAUCGAGUUCGGGACGGCUCACUCCAGUCCAUGCAACACACCUGUUGUGCCAGCGACAGUAACGAUCGCAGAUGCAACCAGCCCUCAGAUGGAUGAAGCUACACCGCGACCCGCGUCUGCUGAAACCAGUGCGUUUGCGCACGAAGAGGAGCUCGAAUACCUUUCUCAUCGUGACAGCAUGAUCAGCGUCGCAGCUUCCACUAUUAGCAUUAUGAGCAACAGCACGUGCAUGUCCGACUUGAUGGGUGAAGAUCUCGAGCUUGCUGCUGAUCGCCGUGCGAAGCUGCUCGCAAGUGUUCAGGAGAAUCUUGCCAAAGCCAAGGUCAAGGAUGCCAAGCGCGAAAGCUACGCUGCGAACCGAUUCCGAAAGUCGCAGAUGCCGCAGUCCUCGUCGCUUCACAACAUCCCUGAGGUGCUUUCAGGUGGUGUUCAGACCAUGGGGCUUGGCUUGUUCGAGAGCGAGGAAGAGGUUGAGGUGGCCGACGAGGAGGAAGAGGAGCGCGAGACGCUCGAAGACAGUCCCAAGAGCGCUGCUAGUGGGUAUGGCCGCAAAAAGCCCAACAACCUGGUGCUGAUGCCUCAGCACGACAGCCGACUCAUUGGUCCAUUGACACCUCCUCUCACGCCUGUAGAUGGCACCGCGAUGCAAAAGCAGUCGCGCCAUGCAGCAACACCCUCAACUGGCUCGGCUUCUUCUGCUUCCUCGGCCGCGUCGGUGCCUCGCCGCAUGAGGCCAUCGCGCGGUGGAUUGGCACCCCUCGACACCAGUGCCGCCAACCGUCUCUCGCCGGGUCCUGAUAGUCGCGAUGGUGCUAGUUCGCCUUCAUCACUCAAGCUGCGGCCUUUGAGUCUUGCAGCAAGCUUGCACGGUGGGGAUGGCAGCCCAAUGAAGCGAUUCGAGCGACCCGCUUUCUCACCUGCCCUCCCCGCCAACAUCCCCAGCCCCAGGCCCGUUCACGUUGCUGCCCUCAGCGAGCGGUCUGCACGCUACAACGAGGAGGGUCGCAGCUCACGCAGCACAACUUACCGUCAAGGUGGUGUCCUGCCUACAAUUAGCUCCAAAGGUGCACUUGGAACCGGUAGAGCUGGUCACGCUGAACCGUCGUUGACGCAUUCGGACAGCACCACGUCGAUGGGCUCUAUGGCUUCGUCGCUCGGCUCCUUCUCAAGGAUGAGCCACUUCCCUAGCCCUAUCAAGUCAUCUUUCGGAUACAACAGCGGUGUGGGAAAGCCAGCGGCCAUGCGCAGUGGCAUGGGAUCGCGAGACAGCGUCAUGUCUGACAUGCCCGAAAUGCCUAACUUGACCAGCAUCCAAAGCUUUUCCAGCAGCAACAACACUCACACCAUGGUCGGUCGUCUUGCGUACAAGACCAGCGAUCUCUCCGUUGCCUACUGA